AUGAGUUUGCUACGCUGCCUCAUAUUUUUAAUUUUUGGAGCACUGCUCGUUAGAAAUGCAGUGUCUGAUGAUUAUAAAUCAGAGGACCACAACGAACAACAAUAUCAUCUGCCCGAUGAAGUAAAAAAUAUGGACGAAUCUGUAGAACGGAUACGACGUCAGAUUGGAGCUUUUGGAGUUGGCGCUGGAGUUUUUGGAGCAAGGCACUAUGCACCUAUUGGUAAUCCCUAUUUUGGAGGUCCACUUGGCAAUCCCUACUUUGUUCAGCAGCCCUAUGGUCAUUAUUUCCAUGAUCGGAGAUUUGGAGGAAAUUAUGGAGGAGGCUUUGGUGGAAAUUUCUACGGUCGUUGA